AAGCAACUAGUGAGGUCAGGGUCCAUGGUUCGAGGCUUCACAGACCAUAAUUUUUUGAUUUCACGGAAGCAAUCAGAGAGUGGCAGCGGGUAAUUAGACGAAACUAGAAGGGUGAACAUGUCAUUUCCGAUGGCCGAGUUUAUAACCCUAGAGAUCAAAACCCUAGCCGCCUAUCCAGUUUUAUCAAUCGACUUCCCCUCUCAUUCUUCUUUCCUCUCAAAGACGAACCAGAGAACAAAUACAAAUGACUUCCUUCUCUCGAUCUUCUUUCUUCUUCUUCUUCCAUUUCACCUAAAACAAAGUCCCCAACUCCACUUCUACUCCUAAAUCGACCCUAGGCAGCCGCUGGUUUCCUCUGUUGGAAACGAUUAAAGUAAACGACGAUGGAGACAAGGACAGAGGCGCAUGGAAAAUCGGAGAUGGACGCCGACGAUGGUAAUGACGGUGGUGAUUAAGUUUUGGUAUCUGAUUUUGACCGAGGGAGAAGGAAAGGAUUGGAGAAUCGACCGCACUCUGAGCUUCGCCGGUGGUGGGAGAAGUGAGUUGAAUGGAAGUGAAGUAAGAAGGAAGGGGAAGAAGAAGGCCCAGGCAGUAAGCUUGGGGGAAGAAGAAGAAGAAGAGAAGCUAUCCGUCUGCCUCUCUCUCAUCAUCUGUCUCUUGUUGCUGCCUCCUUUUCUUUAUCUUUUGUUGUGUGUGCUCUUCCUUUCCUUGUUUGCUUUGUACGUUGUCGUGUUUAAGAAGGAGAGUAAUAGGAGAGCUUUUUUUAUAUAUCUGUGUUUGAGGAAAUGGAGGGUGAAGAAGAUGGUACUCUGUUUUUUUGCAAGGAGAAAGAAGUUCUUUUCUGUUCAGAGGAGGAAAGGAGAUAUGUAGAAGUUUUUUUGUUGCACAUGGGGAGGAAGAAGGACGAAGAAGAAGAAGAAAGUUCAGGCCCUGCUUUGUUGAGAAGGAGCAGAUCGAGGUAGGGGAAAGGAAGAAGAAGAAGAAGAGCUCUCCCCUUAUUCAGAAGAGUGGAGUGUUUUUUUAUAGGAGAGUCAACUUGUUACCCAAGUCUGGAACAGUGUCGGGUUUGGGUCGGACCGGUCUGAGUUGGGUCGGACCGAUAUGGGUUUGGUCAGACCUGUUUGUUCUCUGACCGGUUUGACUUUGUUGACUGGGGCUGGACUGAGUUGACUUGGGCUUAGGUUUUGAUCCCUUGUAAUAAAAUUUGUAAUUUGUAAUCUUUGUUUAAUGAAAGGGUCUAUGUAAUUGUAACUGAUUACUAGUCAUAGUUAUAAUUGUUAUUUAGUAAUCAAAACUUAUGUUA